AUGGACUACAUCUCCCAGAAGGCAGCACGGUCAAGCUUGGAGAUGUGGGGUUCCAGCAAAUACCUGUGCUCUCCUGAACGGCCCAGAGCCAGUUCCCUGAGUCUCAGUGACAGAAGGCAGAGGAAAAAUCACACCAGCAAACUGCAAGAGCUGGCAUUGUUGCUACCCGUGGCCCUGAGGACAGGUACCAAGAAACUCACCAAGAAGGAGAUUCUGCUGCACGUCCUGCACUACAUUCAGUACCUCCAGAGAAGCAUCGAUGUGGCCAAGGCCUUGCUCAAAUUCCACACCACCAAUGGGGAAGGUGGACUUGGGGGGCUGGGCCGGAAGCCCGCCGCAGGCCCAGCAGGGCGGAGACACUCCACCCCAUCUAGCUCUCCACGCUCUUAUAAGUCCCAUCUUCAGGGAGCCUGCCGGAAACCUCGGAAGAAGAAGGCAGCCCGAGUGUCAGAAGGCCAGACCCAGGCCCAGAACCCUCGUCGCUGUCUGGCCUUGGACAAGCCUGAGAAGGAGGUGACCCCAUCCCCAGACCAGAAAGAAAGAAACGUGGUGGGAACCACCACCCCUCCAAGAUGCCCCGACUCCUACAGUCACCCCAAGGCUGCGUCAUCCCCGUCUCAAGGCUGCUGGGGCAAAAACAGUGCCCAGGACGUGCAGCCUUACCCUGCCUUCAAGGGCCAGCAAGGGGUUGAGAGGACCCAUUUUCUCAACAGGACACAGAAUUGCCCCAGGCAGACGCUGGUAUUCUACGACUCCAGUGAGGAGGUGGACAAGGAGUCCGUAGAUGCCGACCCUUGGCUUCCUGCCUGGAUCCCGGAGAGCAGCCCCCAUGGGAGCCCACUGGCCUUGGGGCCUCCACAGAUGGAGACCUGGAGUGUGACAGGCCACCCGAGCGAGAUCCUAGGGCUCAGCCCCUCCCUCUUCAGCUCGCCAGGGAAACUGCUGCCAGAACAGAUCUUGGAGGACGGCACUGAGUACCUGACCCAAGCUCUCUUUGAAGAAGCAUUCUUAAAUCCUGAGUCUCCACCUUCUGCCUGCAUGCUCGAGGUACCACAGGAGAAGGACACACCCCCUGAGGCUUGGGAAGACCUUCCUGACUCCCAUAGCCUGUGUCAGUCCUCGAUCUCAAUGGACCGCUGCUACCUCUCGCUGAGUGAGAACAGCAAGGAGCCAUCUAGCCCCAGCUCGGAGGACAGAGACUCAGAUUUGGGGUGGAGGCAGCAGGAGGACACUCAAGCUGACCUCAAGGGCCUGCAGUCCUCCAGUGAAGAGGACGGGGACUACACGUGGACCCCAACCCGGAGGGCCUCAACUCUGCCUGCAGCUGGAAGGAAGGCCAGGAAGGGCCGGGUGGGCAGGGGCCCUGUGAAGCCCAAGGAAAGCAAGAAAGCCCCCUGCCUCACCCAGACGAAGAAGAAGUGUGUCAAUGGCUUCAUCAUGUUCUGCAGGAUGAACCGGAAGCAGUACAUCCGAGCCUGCCCUGGGACUGCAUCCACCACUGCCACCAAGGAGCUGGCCCAACUCUGGCGGGUGAUGACCCUGCAGGAGCGGAGACCAUACUGCAUCAAAGCACGCAGGUUCAGCCGCCAGCACAACCGCAUCGUGAAGCAAGACAGCUCCAGCAGCGAUGAUGAGGACUGGGGGACCCCCAAGCCCUUCUACCAGCUGCUGGCCGAGAAGGCCCGCUGCUCCUCAGACCCUGCCUCUCUGCUGCCUCCUCACCACACAUGA